ACUCAUCUCAGCUGCCAGACAAUUUCGACCACGGGCACUUCUUCAUCCUCAGCCUCACAUUCUCUAAAAUGUCCAUUUCUCUAAAUUAAAAUAAACCAAAAAGAAAAUACCAACUCCAGUUCUCCACCACCAUUCCCCCUCUUCACUUCUCAGUUUCUGCAAUCUAAUAAAGGAAGGAUCUUUCUGCUUAUUGAGGUUCAAGAAUUGAAAAAAGAUGGCUACUUUAUCAAGAAAUCUCACACUUUUGCCUGACCCCGUGCCUGUCUUUCUUUCUCUUCAAAACCCCUCCAAAAUUCUCAAGCUUUCUCCUUCUAGAAUCCACAGCUUUAAGCCUCGAGGUACUAUCAGAAUUUCAGGAACUAGAAUUAGGGCUGUGAGGAGAGAGGAAAGUACUCUUCUUGAUGAGAGAGAUGCAGAAUUGGAGAUUAGGUUAAAUCGUAGUGUGAAUGGGAAUGGUAGUGGGAGCUCUGCCUAUGGCAAUGGCUCAGCUCGGAGUUAUGCUAAUGGAAGUGCGAGAGUUGAGGAAGAAAAUGAAAAUUUGGUAAAAUAUGUAAAUGGGAAUGUGGCUGCUAAAAGUGGAGUGGAAGUAGUGAAAAUAGAUAAGGUGAUUAGUGGAAAGAAAAAAACUGUUGAAGAGAUAGGGCAAGAGGAUGCUUGGUUCAAGAGAAAAGAACAAGAUCAAGUUGAGGUAUCUGUUGCCCCUGGUGGCCGAUGGAACAGAUUUAAAACUUAUUCGACGAUUCAGAGGACUUUGGAAAUAUGGGGGUUUGUUCUCAGUUUUGUAUUCAAGGCUUGGUUAAGCAAUCAGAAGUUCUCAUACAGAGGAGGAAUGACCGAGGAAAAGAAAUCUCAGAGGCGGAAGGUAUUGGCCAAGUGGUUGAAGGAAAAUAUUUUGAGACUGGGUCCUACUUUCAUCAAAAUUGGUCAGCAGUUCUCUACAAGAGUAGACAUACUUCCUCAAGAAUAUGUUGAUCAAUUGUCAGAGCUCCAGGAUCAAGUUCCUCCUUUUCCAUCAGAAACUGCUGUAGCCAUAGUGGAGGAAGAGCUUGGAUCUCCCGUGGAUGAUAUAUUUGACAGAUUUGACCGAGAGCCAAUUGCUGCCGCAAGUCUUGGUCAGGUUCACCGAGCAAAAUUGAAGGGACAGGAAGUUGUUAUUAAAGUACAGAGACCUGGAUUGAAGGAUCUUUUUGACAUAGACCUUAAGAAUUUGAGGGUGAUAGCUGAAUAUCUCCAGAAAAUAGAUCCAAAAUCAGAUGGUGCUAAAAGGGACUGGGUCGCCAUAUACGAUGAAUGUGCAAGUGUCUUAUACCAGGAGAUUGACUACACUAAAGAAGCUGCUAAUGCAGAGAAGUUUGCAGAUAAUUUUAAAAACAUGGAUUAUGUGAAAGUUCCAUCUAUAUAUUGGGAGUACACAACUCCACAGGUUCUUGUUAUGGAAUAUGUUCCGGGGAUCAAAAUAAACAGGAUAAAAGCUCUUGAUCAGUUGGGUGUUGACCGCAAGAGAUUAGGUCGAUACGCUGUUGAGUCUUACCUGGAGCAGAUAUUAUCUCAUGGCUUCUUCCAUGCGGACCCGCAUCCUGGAAAUAUAGCCGUGGAUGAUGUUAAUGGUGGAAGAUUGAUCUUCUAUGACUUUGGAAUGAUGGGAAGCAUAAGUCCUAACAUCAGAGAGGGCUUGCUAGAAGUGUUUUAUGGAGUUUAUGAGAAAGAUGCCGAUAAGGUUCUUCAAGCAAUGUUUCAAAUGGGUGUUCUGGUACCAACUGGAGAUUUAACGGCUGUUAGACGAACUGCAAAGUUCUUCCUCAACAGCUUCGAGGAGCGCCUUGCAGCACAAAGAAAAGAGAGAGAAACGGCAACGGUGGAACUUGGAUUCAAGAAGCCAUUGACCAAAGAGGAAAAGAUCGAGAAAAAGAAACAACGUCUCGCUGCAAUUGGUGAAGAUUUGUUGGCUAUUGCAGCAGAUCAACCUUUCCGCUUUCCUGCCACUUUUACCUUUGUUGUUAGAUCCUUUUCGGUGUUGGAUGGUAUUGGGAAGGGACUCGAUCCUCGAUUUGACAUCACUGAGAUUGCUAAACCCUAUGCUCUGGAAUUGUUAAAGUUCCGUGAAGCGGGCAUUGAAGUUAUUAUAAAGGACUUCAGGAAAAGAUGGGAUCGACAAGCUCGUGCAUUUUACAAUCUAUUUAGGCAGGCUAAUAGGGUUGAAAAGCUGGCUGAAGUUAUACAACGAUUGGAGCAAGGCGAUUUAAAGCUUCGCGUACGAGCUUUGGAAUCUGAGAGAGCUUUCCAACGCGUUGCAACUGUUCAAGAGACAAUUGGGAAUAUUGUUGCUGCUGGAAGUCUGAUAAACUUGGCUACAAUUUUGUAUGUGAACUCCAUCCAUGUGCCUGCUACGAUUGCAUACGUCCUUUGUGCGUUUUUCGGGUUGAAGGUGUUGAUCGGCAUUGUGAAGGUUAAGAAAUUUGACCAAAGAGAGAGGCUAAUCACUGGUACUACUUAAGUAAAUGGUUGAGCGGAAUUGAGAUGACGGUUUGUAAAGCGAUUCAUUACGUUUCGACUGACAUGAUAAAUCAUAGGUUUGCUGAGACAUGAUUCCAAAAAAAUUACUACCAAAUUUGAGAAUGUAGAAAUGUGGCAAGUUUGGGGUGGGGCGAGGAUUGAUUUUUGUGGCUGUAACAUUCCUUGCUGUAUAUGUAAGAAUGUAUAUGAAAAUUGCACAAAACAUAUUGUUGGGAUGAAUUGCCUUUAAUAUUUCAUACCUUAACUUUUUUCUUCA